UUUCAGAGAUAUGAUCAGUAUGGAACCAUGGGUUGCGGGAUUCAGAGUUCCAUAGAACUACUUCGGCUCUGCUUUCUGUCAUUCACAGUAGUGCCCUUGAAGGUGAUUGGGACCGUGUCCUGCAUUGUGGGUUUCUAUCUAGCUUGCAGACUGGCACAAUUGCUGCCUAAACAAUCUCGUGACGUGCUUGUUCCUUUCCUGGGCAAAUUCUACACAAGAUCAUGCCUGGCUUGCAUUGGAUUCAUCAAAAUUGCGUGGGUGCACUUGCCACGUGCCGAUUGGGACAAGCCAAGAGGGGAAGCACGGGCAGCUGGCAUUGUCUCCAACCACUGCAGCUGGAUCGACAUUCUGAUUCACAUGUCGAGAUACUUUCCAAGCUUUGUGGCUAGAGGCGGAACAGAGAAGCUGGCACUGAUCGGGCCAAUCAGCCAGAACAUGGACUGCAUAUACGUGGAGCGGGAGGGUCGGAGUGCAGGUGCAAAGAGGAUGGAGGCGAGUGCAAGUGCAAGUAGGCAGAGCAGCAGUUUGAGACCCAUGCUAUUGUUCCCAGAGGGAACAACUACCAAUGGCGAUUUCUUGCUGCCCUUCAAGACUGGGGCCUUUUUGGCAGGUGCACCUGUCCAGCCAGUCAUCUUGAAGUACGGCAAGGGAAGGGUCUCGCCAGCUUGGGAGAGCAUUUCAGCGCCGCGUCACAUCUUUCUGACGUUUGCAAACCCCUUCCAUAGUGUGAUUGCUUAUGAGCUGCCAGUGUAUGUACCAACAGCGGAGGAGCGCAAGGACCCAACUUUAUAUGCGCACAAUGUGCGAGAAUACAUGGUGAGA